UUGACCCCAACAAGGAGCGUCGGGAGGCCGUGAAGCGGAAGAUCACACAGUACCUGAGGCGUGCGGAAGAGAUCUUCAACUGCCACCUCCAGCGGGCUGCGGGGGGUGGCAACUCCAUCGCCACGGGUUACAGCAGCCUGCGCUUCCGGCCGAUCAGGACGCUGAGCUCAGCAGUGGAGAACCUGAGACGGUGUAAGGUUGUGGGCGUGAUCGAUAAGGUGCAGAUCGUCCAGGAUCCGGCCACUGGUGGGACCUUUAUACUUAAGAGCCUCCCCAAAUCCCAUGUUGAGACCCGUGAGCGACAGACCAUCAUCCCUCAUGGGGUCCCCUUCAUGGUCAAGCUGCUGUGCUACUAUGUGAGUGAGGACUCCAUCUUCCUCCACCUGGAGCACGUGCAGGGGGAGACGCUGUGGUCUCACCUCCGCUCCAAGUACCGUGUCCAGCAGGGCUCUGCCGAUUCAAACACCAUUCAAGCCCUGAGGGACCGUGGCAGAGAGCACGGUGUGGGAAGCUCCCCGGGCAGCAGCCAAGUGUCCAUCUUCUCUGCUCGGACAGGCAGUGGCCUCCCAGGCUCUGCAACCCACCAAGUAUUGGGAAACACCAAUGCCUUGCCCCCUCAGGAGCCGUCCCCUGACCCCAGGGACCCCGGCUUGGGGAAGCAGUGCCGGCUUCGCCUGGCAGGGACCGUGGCAGAGAGCACGGAGCCGUCCCCUGACCCCAGGGACCCCGGCUUGGGGAAGCAGUGCCGGCUUCGCCUGGCCUGGCCCAGUGGCCUGAGGGCUGCACCUGGAGGGCAGGAUCUGAGCAUGACCCAGGCUAUGUCUGGCAUCGUGGACCGUGUUCCAGCAGCAUCAGCCAAAGGCCCUGGCCACUUUACCAACCAGGGCCUGGUCGUCUACCCCUGGGACGCUCUAACCAGCGGUAUGGGCUGCGAGCAGGUGCAGCUGUGGGCAGCGGAAAUCCUCCUGGCCUUAGAGGGACUUCACCAACAGGGUGUAUUGUGCCGGGACCUCAACCCCAGGAACCUGCUGCUUGAUGCAGCUGGUCAUGUCCGUCUCACCUUCUUUGGCCAGUGGACAGAGGUGGAACCCCAGUGCUGCAGCCAGGCACGGGAAGAGCUGUACAGUGCCCCAGAAGUGGGGGGGAUCGUGGAGCCCACCGAAGCAGCUGACUGCUGGAGCUUUGGCUCUCUCUUGUACGAGUUGCUGACGGGAGUGCCACUGUCCCGAAACCACCCUUCAGGGAUUCAACCUCACACCCAGUUGCAUCUGCCAGAGGGGCUCAGCCUGGCUGCUACAUCGCUGCUCACUGAGCUCCUACAGUACAACCCGAAGCAGCGUUUGGGCUCUGGAGGAGGUGGCAUGGCGAAGCUGAAGUCUCACUCCUUCUUCAGCACCAUCCCAUGGAACAAGCUGGUGGGCUAG